GCAGGACUAACACAUACCACACACACCAACAACUAGCACUCCCAUCUGAAAAUAAGUGACCAGUGCAUAUGGAAUAUACUGAUGUUUACGCGUAAGAAGUUCCCUGGUGGAUACUGAUCUGACUGUCUGGAGCUACACACUGUACAUAGGAAGUGGACCUGUCACCUUGUGAAUUUGUGUGUGGCAAUUGUCUGCUGUGGUUGAGGGCUAUUUUCCUGGUCAUUCUGUCACUGCUAUGGCCUGUGUCUGUGUCUGUGGGAGCCAGCCUAGCACUGGCCCUUCUCCAGGGAGGGGUCUGUUCUAGCACUGUGCUGGGUGAAGUGUGUGUGUGAGUGAGACAGGGAGACCUGUUCUUACUGCAGUCAGAGGGAUCAACCGUCUGUCAGCUCUGCAGCGAUGCACGGCCCUGCUGUGGUUCUGCUGCUACUCAGCUAUGGCACCAUACAACAGAUGACCUUCAUAAUGGGUGAUCCUACAGCAGCCAGACAGCACUGUCAAGGCUACAACACCUGCAUCCCUCACACAGACAAACAGGAGCAAGUGGUUUCAGCUGCUGAGAAGGUGCUUGCUCAAGUUGCGACCAGGGCAUCAUUCAGAGAAGAAGAUUCCUCAGGGAGGGAGUCUCAUGGACCCAGGCUGAGAGAUCAGAGUGCAGAACAGGACACAGCCAAGAGCACUAACCUAUCAGCACAGUCAUUUCCAUCAGUAAGAGCUCAGUCAGAGCCAGAGACACAGAGAAAGACAAGGAUAACACCUGAAACAGACAAGUCAAAGAUCACUCAUAAGACAGGAUGGCUGAAUGAAACUUCCACACUGCAGGAUGAUAAAGUAGCAAAGAUCACUAGAAAUAGUACUAUAGUAAAAUAUGUAGGGCUUGAUACUGGCACAGUAGCAGAGUCCCCCCUCUCCGCUCCUGAUAGGCCAUCCGAGAGUGACAGAUCCAGUGAACUGGCUGCCUCCUCUGAACCCAUUUCAUCUAUCAAAAUAAAGGAGCCACAGGGUCCAGGAGGCGUCAGAAACAGAACAGUAUCUUCACAAACCUCUGGACCUCUUCAUCGGCCAAACCAAACCAAUACAGCCAGAGAUGUCUCUGGGAUGAAAGGUGUAGUAGUACCGUCUCAGACAGUGGAGACAGCCAUUCUCAGUCCCACUGCAUGGUCAGAAAACCCCACUGAACCAGCCCUGCUGAUCCAGGAGUCAGACAGGGAUGGAGAAUCAAUAGGCUCAGGGAGAAAAGCAUCAGUUAGGUUAGAUGAUUUACAGAUCCCACCUGAAUCCAAACAGGCCUUUGGACCUACAAGACCAACAGGGUCCUUAGAACCCACCAUACAACCCAACCUUGAAUUCAAGAAAAUAGAUGCGGAGGAGCUACUGAGGCAGGCUGUGAUUCCUCUACCUCCAGUGCUACCUCCAGAGAAUAGCACUGUCACAUGGAGAAAGACUGUCCCAGAGGCUCCUCUGCCUAACAGUGUGGCUACAGGAGCAGAGGUGCCCUUGGAGAAACCUGAGGGAGCAACACCUCAAAAUACCACUGAUAUCACUUCCACAUCAACAGGUGACAAAGCUUCAAACAAGAAACAAAAGGGCAGAAAGACUGUGACAAAGACUUUGACAGAUGCUGGACAAGUCAUGGAGAAGGGGGAUAAAGUUUUAUCCCAGGAGCCACCCGCAGAGGAUCUAGAGACCAACACAAAAACAAAGACAGAGUCAGAGUCAGCAGAAGAGAUGGACACAGAAACAGAAAUGGAAGAAGUUGAUGAGGACAAUGAUAAGAAAUCAGAGACAGAGGAAACAGAUGUAGGCGACAGCAAGUUGGCACACAACAUCACUCAAGUCAACACAAGGCAGUUCAAAAAGAAUGGGGGAGCCGUCAAAAUUGAUGUCCUAACUGAGCUCAUGUCCCCGGAGCCGAGAGGAUCAGAGUGGGAACUGCCCCCUACCCCUCUACCUCCUGCCAGUGUGCCAGCCAAUCACCAACCAAGACACGCACUCAGAGAGCGAGGGACAGCCAAUAAACCGGGUCUUCGAAUGCAACAGGGACUUCAGGGCCCACCUGGUUUGACAGGGCCACCUGGACCAAAAGGGGAUAAAGGCUAUGCUGGCGGAAUGGGCCGGACUGGACGCACAGGUUACCGAGGCCCCAUUGGUCCACCAGGGAUGCCCGCCAUCGUAGUGUUCAAGAGCUCAGAGGAAGAGUGGGAGGCCUUCAAGAAAAAGAAAUUCUACAAAAAGCUUGUUGCAACUUGGCCGAGAUUGAAGGGCCCUCCAGGGCCUCUUGGCCCCCCUGGGGAUGCUGGACCUCCUGGACCCCCGGGAAUUCCUGGAAAACAAGGACGAAAAGGAGAUGGAGGGAAAAUCGGGGGUUCUGGACCACCAGGGAUGCCCGGGCCUCCAGGAAGACCUGGGAGUGAUGGGAUUGAUGGUAUAAAUUCUGAUGAUGGCCCUGCAGGACCACCUGGGGAACAGGGUCUCCAGGGUUACAGAGGAGAGAAGGGCAGCAAAGGGGAGCUGGGUGAGUGGGGUUAUGAAGGGGAACCAGGACCCCAGGGAAACAGAGGGCGGAAAGGAGACAAGGGGAAUAAAGGAAACCGAGGCCUCAUUGGGAUCACUGGAUAUAUAGGAAUACCUGGAGCCAGAGGACAACUGGGCUUCCCAGGAGCAUCUGGACCUCCUGGAGACAUUGGUGGCAUUGGUUUUGUUGGAUCGCCGGGCCCACCUGGCAAAAUGGGACCAAGAGGGCCAAAAGGGGUACCAGGAGUCAAUGGACCACCAGGCCAACCGGGUGAGCUAGGCCUAAGGGGACCACUCAGGCCUCAGGGAGAGCCAGGUCCUGAUGGGAUUGUUGGAUUCCCUGGUGUUCGUGGACCUCAGGGCAAAACAGGUGCAGAUGGGCCUACAGGUCCGAAAGGGGAUCCUGGGGACGCAGGUGAUGAGGGGGAAAUAGGAGAACCAGGACUCCCUGGGAUUAACGGAGCCAAUGGCAAACCAGGAAAAACUGGACCCUCAGGUGACCCAGGGAUCAAAGCAUCUAAGAGAGGUGAGAAGGGUGAUCCAGGAUUUAAAGGGGACCAGGGUCGACCCGGGCCUCCAGGUAAAAGAGGCUUCAAAGGCAGAGGAGGAUCAUCAGGGCUGCUAGGUAAUGUUGGACCAGUGGGGCCUCCUGGAUUUCCUGGAACCACAGGUUAUGAUGGAAUCAUUGGGGAGAAUGGGAAGCAGGGAAAAGAUGGGCCAAAGGGUGACAGAGGUCCUACCGGUGGGCCAGGCGUUGUUGGACCUAGAGGCGAUAAGGGGCGAGAAGGUCGAGUGGGAUUUGCCGGUUUGCCAGGGCCUUUUGGAGUGAUGGGGAAGUCAGGAGAGAAAGGAGCUGAAGGAGAACCCGGUAUUAAGGGGAGGAUGGGAAUUCCAGGAGUCACUGGACUGAAAGGGCUGAAGGGACUUCAAGGCUAUCUAGGAGGUAGGGGACUGGAUGGAACACAUGGACCCCCGGGACCCAUCGGAGGAACUGCAUCUGACGGGGAUACUGGACCAACUGGACUAAGGGGAAUGGUGGGGAAGACUGGGGCACCAGGGAUUCAAGGUCCAGUUGGGAAGAGUGGGGAUUCUGGUGGUAGAGGAAUCACUGGAAAGUCAGGAAAGCCAGGAGUCAGGGGUGCCAAAGGUAAAGAGGGUUCGAACGGCCUUCCGGGAAAUCCUGGCCUGAAGGGAAACAGAGGUCAAGAAGGUUCGAAGGGGAAAUGCGGAAGUCCAGGCGUGCAGGGAUUGACAGGGAUACAGGGAUACAGAGGAACUCCUGGCAUAGCAGGCAAUAUAGGACCAUGGGGUGAGGUGGGCCUCCAAGGGCCACCAGGGGACAAGGGGCCCCCAGGAUCAGUUGGGCCCCGUGGAGUUGUAGGUUACCCAGGUAAAGAUGGACCACCAGGAGGCAUUGGGCCAGUGGCAGACAAAGGGGAUAAGGGGUCCAGAGGAGCUAUCGGACAGAAGGGAGUUGCUGGUGUCGAUGGUGAGGAGGGCCCAACUGGAUUGCGGGGGCCAAUGGGGCCACCAGGACUGAAGGGGCUAUCGGGUGAAAAGGGGAAGAUGGGCGCUCGUGGGGAAAGAGGUGGAAAAGGGGUCCAGGGAGACAGAGGCAACCAAGGUCAACAAGGACCAAAGGGCCCUCUGGGGAAAGAAGGAUACUUAGGGCCCUCAGGGGACAGAGGGAAAGAAGGAGCUUCAGGACUAAAGGGCCAGCCGGGCAUUAGAGGCCCAUCAGGCCUCGCUGGACGCUACGGACCAGGGGGCAACACUGGAGGAGGCGGGGCCAAGGGAGAGAAAGGGCUCCCCGGAACCACAGGGCCUCCUGGAAGGUUUGGGCCUACAGGCUUAGUAGGACCAAAAGGACCAACAGGUUUACCAGGAAAAAGAGGAGUUGAUGGAAAAAGUGGACUUCGUGGACUUAAGGGAGAUUAUGGGGAGAGGGGAAAGACUGGGACUGGUGGUGUCAAAGGAGAUGUGGGAUUGCAAGGUCCAAGGGGGAAGAAAGGAGAGUCUGGAACAAGAGGCAAAAUGGGGACAUUGGGAAAGAGGGGGUUCACCGGUUCUCCAGGAGGUAAAGGCAGACCUGGGCCUGCUGGUGCCCCUGGAGAGAAAGGUAGUAAAGGAAUAGAAGGGCCAAAGGGAUUGCAUGGCAGCCCAGGAAAGAGGGGAAGCAGGGGAGCUAGAGGCAAACCAGGAGAAGAAGGCCCAUUGGGACCAGAUGGAUCAGUUGGAAGACCUGGAAAGCCAGCAAGUAUCCCUAUAGGGCAUACUGACUGUGACACCCAUCCACAGCUGCAUGAUCCUAUCACAGAAAAUACAAUAUACCGUGUUAUAAUGAUGUUGAUCCUAUUGAUGUGUUUGUUACAUUGUCUUUUCUAUCUCUUGUUUCGGUUGUUAUCUCAGGGACUUGCUGGUUUGGAUGGAUUGCUGGGUGUUGAAGGAAAUGAAGGAGAUAAUGGUGAUAUUGGUUACAGAGGAUCCCCUGGGAGGCCUGGUCUACCAGGGAAGAUGGGUCAAAGUGGACAACCUGGAUUGAGUGGUGGUCACGGAGCACCAGGGUCUAAGGGUAAUCUUGGAUCAAAAGGAAAGCGAGGACCUGCAGGGCCAAUGGGGCCAAGGGGUAUUCCGGGGUUUGGAGGAGCAAAGGGGAAGUUUGGCCAGCAUGGAUCAAAGGGUCAGGCUGGCGGCAGAGGCCUACAGGGACAUAUUGGACCACGAGGAAUUAAAGGGAAUACAGGACUGCCGGGGAAUAAAGGGCGGUUAGGUCCAAAAGGCAUACAGGGAGACAUUGGUCCUCGUGGUCCACCUGGGAAAAAGGGCUUCCCUGGUCUACCUGGUCUCUUUGGAAAGAGGGGAAUGAAGGGGAUACAAGGAAUGCCUGGAGCUAAGGGACUGAGAGGUCCACGUGGACUACCAGGAAAACCAGGUCCUCCUGGCCGUCCAAGAAACAGGCGACCUGGAGCCCUUGGAAAAAGAAGAGGAUCCAAAAAGCAAACUCGGGCCAUGACCAGGAGAACGCUUGCCUCACUGCCUGACCAGAACUCAAGCAGCUCCAUCAGCUGGCCUCAGGGCACCAAAAACAGCCCUGCAACCACUUGCCACGAGCUGGGGCUUAUUCGCCCAAACCUCCAGGAUGGACACUUCUACAUGGACCCUAACCAGGGCUGCCCAUUUGAUGCCCUGCAAGUGUUCUGUAACUUCACUGCAGGAGGGAUGACCUGUAUACCUCCUGUCCAGUCACAGAUAAUAGGAAAAUGGGAACCAGAAAAAAAGAAGUCCAAAAAGUAUAUCAAGUGGUUUAGCCAGCAUGAUGGUGGCUAUAGGUCUGAGUAUGCUGGUCUUGAUGUGGUCCAGCUCCGGUUUCUACGGUUACACAGCCACUCUGCCUCUCAGCGCCUGACCAUCGCCUGCCCAUUUAACCACACUAGCAGAGAAAUCAGGAAAAAGACAACAAACAGGGUUCUUCACUUUCUGGGAGACUCCGGUGGGGAGAUUGGUUCAAGCUAUAUGACAGUAUGGAGGAAUGGUUGUGAAGUGGAGGUGGAGGUUCGAGUAAGAGGGAGCACAGAGAUCCACAGAGGGGACAUGGAGCUACUACCCCUCAGGGAUGUUAGUGUGGAGGGAAGUGGAGACCACUGGAACACAGACUUCAGAGCUGUCCUGGGACCGUUGUGCUUUUUGUAGCCUCAGCUUAUCCAAAGAGAAGCAGCUGUUUCUCCCAGAGCCGUCAAGCUCUGCCCAAUGUAUGGGUCAAGAACAUUUGGGUGCAAUUCCUCUUCAGGACAAAAGAAAGAGAUAUCAUCAUGUUGUGUGAUCUCUGUAGCAUUUGUCUAAUUGUGAUAACAACUAGAGCUUUAUAAUAAAAUAUGUAUUUUGGAGUUAUUUGUUAAUCUUGUUAUAAUAUGUGUCUUUUAUAAAGAAAAAUAUAUAGCUGUUGUGUUCUUUGUAUCUCCGGCAUGUCGAUUUUUUAAAAUGAUUAAUUUUUCUUACUGAUGUACUGUGUGUAUAUAUACUUCAUAUUAGAUUCAUGUGGAUGUUUUAUUUAAUUGUUAAGCUUUUGUAAGUAUAUCUUUGCUAUUAUUUGAUGUCUUGUUUUUAUUCCUGCAGACUAAUACCUGAAGUCUUGAUUAACACCAAUAUCUGGAUGGUCUAAACUUCAAAUUGAAACGUUUUAAAUGUCACUUCAGCUUACUUUACAAUAACUUGAUCACACAUUUUAUGGUUUACACCUCUAAUGCAGUAAACUGUAGUACACCCUGUUGUCACAAAUGGAAUUAACUGAAAUAUGUGCAAUGAAUUAUUUAAAUGGUUCUCCGUAAGAUGAUGGAAAACUGUUGUAGUAAGCUACUGUAUUUAUUACAGAACAUGAUUUGCAGGACAAUAAACCCAUGCUGGGUAGAACUGUUCCUAACUGCUGUUCAUACAGAGCAUGUGCAGUAGGUUACACUUUCAUACAUUGAGGACUAAUCAUGUGUAGGAUUACAUUUUCUCUUGUGUUGGCUCUUCCCCAUUUGUCCAUUACUCAUCCUCUCCUGCUACCAUGCCUUUAGACCAGGGGUACUCAACUACUAUUUGAGAAGGUCCGGUCACACACAUUUCCUAGGCUGCAGUUUUUCAACUAAUUUCCUGCAAUUCUACACAUUUUGCCAUGUCUCAUGUGGUUUCAUAUGAUACCUGAGUGAGUCAACAAAAUCAAUGUGGGCCCCCUGUGGUUCGAGGACCCCAUGGGCACAAUCUGGCCAUGAUAACUACAAGGUUUAAAUAGCUGAUUAGCCUAAUUUACCUAACAUGGGCUAGUAGUUGAUCAACUGGAAAUUUGACAGGUUAUAUACUGUAGUUUACAAGGACUGUUGUUUAACAUUCUGUUAUCAAUGUUCUUUCUCACCAUUCUCCAUGGUCAACAUAACUUUGGUGAUAUUUUGCCUAAAGCUAUGGAGGACAGUGUCAGUGUGUCCUCUGACUGAGGUUUCUUACAUGGACAGCUUGGCAAGGAAAAUAAAAUGUAAUUUCCCAGAUUGCUCGAAAA